GAGCCGCAGGGGCGCACAGAAGACACGGAGAGCUGUGCGGCAGAUUCAACCUGCUGAAUCUGCGUUUUUAUUUUGUGGAUUUUUGCUCCAGUUGUUAAAGAAACUUUGUUUUGUUUGUUUGUUUUGUUUUGAUGACGGCAGGAUUCAGGGACAGUCACGGGGGGCGAGAGGGAUAAUAAGGAACAUGUGGAGCUUUUGGAUGCGCGGUGGACAGGUUUUGCGCCACUUGGACAUGUGGCACAAAACAGGCGCUUUUUAAGCUGCUGUCACUUUGACUUUAGUAUCCAACCCCCCUGAUAUGGCAUGUUUCCUGCGUCGUGUCCGCGUGCUCAGGAUUGCGACCCAUGGGAUGUAGUAAAUGGAGAGCUGCGUUCAACUUUGGACACCUGAAGGUGCACUCCAAGCUGCCUGUCUUCUUUACCAUGAUUAUUCUCUUCAUUUACCUCUUUUACUGCCUCAACGGUUACUGCGAAUCCCUGCCCAGACCCGUGUAUGACCAGCGAAGUAAUCUCCAAACCAAAAUUAUCUUUAAAGAUGGACAAGAAACGGAGCAGCUCGGCGCGUAUAAUGCGUCUCCGGUCUCGCUUGUCCGCGAACAGCUGUCGGACUUGACGAACAGUGAUCCCCCGUCCAACAAUAUUUCUAUAGCCAAUAAUUUUGGCAACAAAAAAUUCCCUCAGGCCAUCAUCAUCGGGGUGAAGAAAGGUGGCACUCGGGCUCUCCUGGAGUUUUUGCGCAUCCAUCCAGACGUGCGAGCCGUGGGCGCUGAGCCGCACUUCUUCGAUCGCUUCUACGAGAAGGGACUGGAAUGGUACAGGAACCUGAUGCCUCGUACUCUGGAAGGCCAGAUAACCAUGGAGAAAACGCCGAGCUACUUCAUCACCAAAGAAGCUCCUCGGCGCGUCUUCUCCAUGAGCCGCCACACCAGGCUUAUCGUGGUGGUUCGGGACCCUGUGACGCGCGCUGUUUCCGAUUACACGCAGACUCUGUCCAAAUCUCCCGGGCUUCCAUCCUUUCAGAACCUGGCUUUUCGUAACGCCACCACAGGCCUCAUCGACACGUCUUGGAGCGCUGUACGCAUCGGCAUCUACGCCAAGCACCUAGAGAACUGGCUGCGCUACUUUCCAAUGUCGCGCUUCCUGUUUGUCAGCGGCGAACGCCUUGUAACAGACCCGGCGGGUGAAAUGGGUCGGGUCCAGGACUUCCUAGGGCUCAAGCGCGUGGUCACAGAUAAGCACUUCUACUUCAACCAGACCAAAGGUUUCCCCUGCCUAAAGAAGCCUGAGGGGAGCAGCAGGCCUCGCUGCCUGGGGAAGUCAAAGGGGAGGCCCCAUCCACAGAUACCCUCUGAAGUCCUGCUCAGGCUCAGAGACUUCUACAGACCUUUUAAUCUUAAAUUUUACCAAAUGACUGGCCACGACUUUGGCUGGGACCAAAUGGCAACUCACCAAAGCUCUUAAAAACUGCCACCACUAUUCACCAACAGUUAAACACAGGCAGGGAUACUGUGUGUUCUUUGUCGCCAAAGGUUCUACUCUGUAUAACUUGCCUUUUGUUUUUCAUUUAUUAAAGUAUGAUACCUGAAUGCCAAUGCACAAAGGAGCCUUCACCUGGCUUUAUAACAACCAUGCUAACAAAGUUUAGAAAACUUCAAUUCUUUGAAGCACUUGAGCAAGCAUUUUCGACAAAGUCUUGUGCAAAUGGCUUGUUUUGUGCUCAUACAGACAAGCAGAAGGCAAACUAAAGCAUAAUGCCUAUUUACUUAAAUCAGGAUUUCAAGCACUUGACACCCCAAGUUAAGCUGCCAUUGCUAUCCAAAACACUGACAAUGGGAGAUGUUCACAAAGUUAAACCAAAAAGAAAAAGAGAUUCGAUGGGUGAACAAAGCCAUGAGAAACCAAACGACAGUAACUGAUACGCAAUGGUGCAAUCACAAUAAAUGCAAAUGGUUUGAGACACAAGUUGAUCAUUCAGAAAUAGUUACACUAAAUCAACAUAAAUAACAGUUCAACUCUGGUUAUAUACACUUACAAAAAGUCUAAAGUUUGUUUUAUGGACUAUCAUUUCAUUUUUUUAAAUACAAGAUGUAGCAAAGAUGAUAUAUAGCUGGUUCUGAUGAAAAAAGGUUAGAGAGGGAAACCAGCCAUGGUCAACUACAAGCUGUAAAUUUGCAGUUAUUUAUGUCAUUAAUGCAAUGAAUGCAUUGUUAAAGACUGGAGAGGAACAUUUACAGCCAGUAAACCAGUGACUGUUUUUCCACUUUGUUUGAUUAACACUUACCCUGUCACAUGGUACAGUACUUACAUGUAACUGUGUAUUUCUAAAAGUCUAAUUUAUAAGGUGGCACAGUGUUGUUGAGAUGUUUUCUCUGAAACUUUUGUAUUUGAAAUUCUGCUGGAAAUUCUGACUAAAUAUUUUGUUCUGAAA